AUGUCUUCUUCUAGACAACCAUCAAUUCGGUUGGCGCACUCAACACAAUCACGACUCUCGAGGACAUCUUCCAGAUCGUCACGACGAGUUGCAGUCGCAGCAGAAGCCGCUGCAUUACAAGAAGAGCUUACAGCCCAGAAGCUUCAAAAUGAACGGGAAAAGGAGCUCGAAAGAAUGGAACUUGAGGAAGAAAUGAGGAGGAAGCAAGUAGUUUUCAAAAUGUCCGAGCUGAAAAGACAACUAGAAGAGGAAAGACUACAAGGCAAGCUCAAGGCACAAGAAGCAAUUAUGAGAGUCUACGAUGAAGAAGAUGGAACCAGCACAGCCUCUUCUUCAUCCUCGCGUGGAGGUAAAACUGUUGUCAAAAAGAUCGAAGAUCAGCCAAAUCCAACUGAUGUGAUCCCAAGGGCAUCUCCCAAGUUAGAAAGCAAAUUGAUUGAUGAACCAGCCUCCAUCGUGUCACAGCAAGCGCAAGUAGUGCUUGAUCCCCAAGCUCCGAUGUUCCAGCCAAGAUCACCAGUUUUAGAUCUCGCUGAUGCCUUGGCUCAGAGUCGUCUACCCGUUCCGGAGCCGCCAAUAUUCACUGGAGACCCACUCCAAUAUCCAGAUUGGGUGUCGGCUUUCACUACUCUGGUAGAGCGAAGAGGCAUCCCUCCUGGUGAAAAAAUUCACUACCUUCGAAGGUAUCUUGGUGGUCCAGCAAAGGAGGCAGUCAGUGGCUACUUUCUCCUGAGGUCAGAAAAUGCAUUUGAGCAAGCAAAGAGCACCCUUCAAAAGAGGUUUGGCAAUCCAUUUGCUAUUGCUGAAGCCUUUCGGACAAAGUUGGAUGUGUGGCCCAAGAUAACCAGCAAGGAUCACAAUGGGCUGCAGCGGUUUGCAGACUUCCUUCAACAGUGUCUGGUAGCCAAGGCUGAGAUUGUCGAUCUCAACAUUCUGGAUGAUAUACGAGAGAUCAACCGAAUGGUUGCUCGACUACCAGAUCAUAUCGUCCAUAGAUGGAAUCGCUCGGUGGCACAGACAAAAAGGGAGCGACUUUGUUAUCCUAGGUUUGCUGACUUCGUUUCUUUCAUUGGGAACGAAGCAGACAUUGCUAAUGAUCCUCUGCUCACUGUGGAUGUUGGCAAGACUAGAGAGAGAAAACAGGAAACCGCAGUCUCAAAACGGGUAACCCUCUCUACGUCUGGCUCAACUUCACAGAAGCAAUGUCUGUUGUGCAAGAGACAAAAUCAUUCCCUGAAUGACUGUCGGGAAUUCCUUCGGAAAGACAUGUCCCAGAGAAAGGAUUUCAUCAAAAAUGAAAGACUUUGCUAUGGCUGUCUUGAAAAAGGCCAUAUGUCUAAAUAUUGCCAAAGCAGACUGGUCUGCAAGAAGUGCAGUAAAAGGCAUCCAAGCUGCCUUCAUGAGGACCAAAGAGAUUCGAACAAGGCCAACUUGGCAUCAAGCCAACCGAAGGAAGCUCAAACCGCAUCGACCUCAAAUCCUCAAGCUGUAACGCACAAAGUACAAGGCGAUGAACGUAGUGACCUUACAUCAAUGAUUGUGCCUGUGUACCUUUCUAGUACAGAGAGGCCUGACAAGGAGGUUCUAGUGUAUGCACUACUAGACUCCAUGUCCAACACCACCUUCCUUUCCGAAGAUGUCGGCCAAGACCUGGACGUACAAUCCCAGCCUGCCACAUUGUCGUUGACAACUUUGACAGAUGAGAUAUCGAUCUCAACCUUCAAGUAUGACAAUCUUCGUGUCAGAGUCCGAGGCCAAAAUGGUGAGCCGUAUGCUGUCCAAACAGACCUUGGUUGGAGUAUUGUUGGAGGUCAGUCUGACUUGUCCAACAGCUUCGAUUCGUUUGGCCACACAUACAGGACAGUCAGCAUGAAGGUAGAGGCCCCGAUCGAUAUCAAGAAGGUGACAUUCGCUUACCAGUCUCCCUUAAAGGAAGCGACUGCAUCGGAUUUCCUUCAGCUCAUGGAAAGGGACUUCCAAGAAGCUGAACAAGCUGAUGCAAUGUCACAAAAUGACAAAAAAUUCAUUCAAGUUGUCACCGAAGGUUUACGCCAGAGAGAGGAUGGGUUCUAUGAGAUGCCUCUUCCAUUCAAGAAAGGACCGCCAUCUCUUCCGAACAAUCGACAGGCUGCUUUGGGUCGAUUAGCAGGUCUCAAGAAACAGUUCCUGAAGAAACCUGAAUAUCACAGUCACUACAAGGUAUUCAUGAAGGAGAUCUUGGCACGCGGUGAUGCAGAGAUGGUCGGUGAUAGUAGUGACAAAGGCUUGUGGUAUAUUCCUCACCAUGGGGUAUAUCACCCUAAGAAGCCUGGCAAGGUCAGGGUUGUAUUCGAUUGUAGCGCCAGGUAUCUUGGGACAAGCCUCAAUGACCAUCUCCUGCAAGGCCCUGACUUGAUUAAUCCUCUCAUCGGUGUCCUGUUGAGAUUUCGCCAAGGUCCUGUGGCAUUCAUGUGCGAUGUGGAGAAGAUGUACCACCAGUUUAAGGUUGCAGAUCCACAUCAAAACUAUCUGCGUUUCUUGUGGUGGGAGGAUGGGGAUCUCUCCAAGACCCCAGUAGAUCAUAGGAUGAAGGUCCACCUCUUUGGGGCAACCUCAUCUCCGGGCUGUGCCAACUUUGGCUUAAAACAGAUUGCGGAGGACCACAAGAAACUCGGUGACCGUGCAGCCAACUUCCUCAAGAGGAACUUUUAUGUCGAUGAUGGCCUAAAAAGCAUGUCUUCUGAACAGGAAGCAGCUGUGCUAAUCAAGGACGCAACUCAAAUGUGUGCUAAAGGCAAUCUACGUCUGCACAAAUUUGUGUGCAAUAGCAAGGACGUAACCAGCACCAUUCCAAAAUCGGAACGUGCCACUGUCACGAAUGCAAGUGUUCAGCUAGGUGAACAAACCUCACCAAUCGAAAGAGCUCUUGGGCUUCAGUGGUGCGUCAGUUCUGAUGAGUUCUGCUUCCGACUUACUCUGAAGGAUCAACCCCUCACUCGACGAGGUAUUCUAGCUACAGUUGCGUCUGUAUAUGAUCCCCUUGGUCUCAUUGCACCAGUUGUCCUUGCUGGCAGAAUGAUUCUGCAGGAAAUGUGCAAACAAAAGAUGGAUUGGGAUCAUCCCGUUCCUGACUAUCUUCGGACAAGAUGGGAAAUAUGGAGACAGGAGAUCCUGAAGCUAGAAACUGCAAAGAUUCCUCGCUGCUUCCAGCCCAAAGAUUUCGGAGAGGCUGAGGAAGUGGAAUUGCACCACUUCUCAGAUGCCUCAUUAUCUGGAUAUGGACAAUGUUCAUAUGUCAGAUUACGAAAUCAAAGGGGACAAGUCCACUGCUCUCUUGCCAUGGCAAAGGCGAGAGUAGCACCGCUCAAGCAGUCUACCGUCCCCAGACUGGAGCUUCAGGCAGCAACCUUAUCUGCCAAGGUUGCAAAAAUACUGAAUAAGGAGCUAGACUACAGCUCAGUCAAGAAUAUCUUCUGGACCGACUCCAAGGUUGUUCUGGGUUACCUGUACAACCAGUCUAAGCGCUUCCACAUGUUCGUUGCGAACAGAGUGGAUUGUAUUCUGAGAACCACAAGUUGUAGUCAGUGGAAUUAUGUUACUAGCGGUGAUAAUCCAGCUGACUACGCAUCACGUGGACUGACAACAGAGGAACUUCUUUCGUCAAACUGGUUAGGAGGACCAGACUUCCUUUGGGAAAGUGAAGUUGCUAAGCAAGAUGUCACACUAGAGGUUUCUCCUGACGACGUUGAAGUGAAGUCUUCGACAGUACAUACAGUAAUGUCAAAGACCAAGAUUUCAACCUUUACGUCAUUUGAAGAUAGGUUGAACCGCUUCGCCAUGUUGGACAGCGCUAUUAGAGCGGUAGCUGUACUAGUGAGGUGUUGUUACAGGCGCAAGGGACAUGACAUAGAUGAUGUUGAGAUCAAAAGAGUCGCUGAGAGAAAUCUCCUGCAUGCUGUCCAGAAAGAAGCCUUCUGUGAUGAAAGACAGCAAAUCAAAUCUGACAAACAUGCUGUGUCAAAAUCUAGCCGCCUGAGUCAAUUAGAUCCAUUUCUUGACAAACAAGACCUCCUACGGGUGGGAGGACGCAUGAAGAGGUCUGAAAUGGUGUAUGGAGUUAAGCACCCUAUUAUCCUUCCGAAGGGUAGUAGACUUUCCAUGCUUGUCGCACUUCACUAUCAUGCGAAGAUUUCUCACCAAGGUAGAAAUAUGACCAUCAACGCAAUCAGAUCAAGUGGAUACUGGAUCAUCGGUUGCAGAAGCAUUGUCUCAUCUCUGAUCGGCACAUGCACCCAUUGCAUUAGACUAAGAGGCAAGUUGGGUGGACAGAAGAUGGCUGACCUUCCAUGUGAACGACUUGAGCCAUCGCCCCCUUUCACUUAUUGCGGUCUGGACUGUUUUGGUCCAUUUGUAAUCAAAGAAGGGCGCAAAGAGCUCAAGCGCUAUGGCCUCAUCCUGACAUGCAUGGCAAUGAGAGCCAUUCAUGUGGAAGUAUUGGAUGACAUGUCAUCCGAUGCAUUCAUCAACGGACUGAGAUGUUUCAUUGCUAUUCGAGGAAACGUAAGGCGGAUUCAGUGUGACCAGGGCUCCAAUUUUGUUGGAGCCAAGCAUGAACUGAAACAAGCUCUCCGUGAGAUGGAUGCGGACCAUGUCGCCCGCAAUCUUCUGGAGCAGAACUGUGAGUUCAAAAUGAAUCCUCCUUCCUCUAGCCAUAUGGGAGGUGUAUGGGAGAGACAAAUCAGAAAUGUGCGCAAUGUUCUCAAUGGAUUAUUGGAACAGUGCGGAACGCAGUUGAAUGUCUCCUCUCUACGGACAUUUCUCUAUGAGGCCAUGGCUAUCGUAAACAGCCGUCCAUUGAGUGUGGAUAACCUGGAAAGUCCUGAUGGUCCUCUUCCGUUGACUCCCAAUCAUGUUCUGACCAUGAAAUCCGGUCUUAUACUGCCUCCACCUGGAAGCUUUGAAAGGGAGGACAUCUAUCUCCGCAAAAGAUGGCGUCGAGUCCAAUACUUGACACAGUUGUUCUGGACACGAUGGCAGAAGGAGUACCUGCACACGCUUCAACCAAGAAAAACUUGGACUGAAAAGAAGACCAAUGUGCACGUAGACGACAUAGUACUCUUGAAAGAUGAAGCCAUUUGUCGGACAGAUUGGAGAGUUGCGAGAGUCAUGGAAACAAUGUCCAGUGAUGAUGGUCUAGUCCGGAAGGUGCGACUUCUCAUGGCGACCCCAGACUUGGACAAAAAAGGUAAGCCAGUAAAUAAGAGGACAACUCUUGAAAGGCCAGUACACAAACUGGUAGUUUUGAUCCGCAGCACCGACAAGGCGAUUGAAGACUAA